UUAUUUGAAAGCCAGGAAUCAGCACAGUCGUUGACUGUUCAAACCAAAUGAGCACAAAAAACAGACUUGUUCUUGCCUCUCCCUCCUCUCCGCUCCCUUUUAAAUCUCGCGAUAGAAAAUGCAAGCCACCUUCACCUUGGAACAAAUCAAUAUCAAGAGGACAUCAAGAAGAAAAGUAGAAGAAGAAGAAGAUUUAAUGAUGGUGGAGCAGUUGGAAUGCUUAUGGACUCUUAUCUACAACUUUAUUCACCUCUUUCCUGUUCUUAGGAAGGCUUAUCUCAUGGCCGCUCUUUGCUCAAACACCUCGCCUCCUCCUCCGUCAUCCUUGUCAUGGAAGAGGCUCGCCGAAUCACCAGUCUUAGUCUCGAAGAAGGCGAGAGAUGGUUCGAGGGGAUUGAGGAAGGAAGAGUGUGAGACUGGGAGUUUCCAAUCUGUUUCAGUGGAGGUGGUUGCGGAGAAGGCGGAGAGGUUUGGCGGCGAGAAGUUGAAGGGCGGUGAGUGCUUAUUUGGCGCGGUGGCGCCGGUGGUUAAGAAGUUGAGAAAGAGGCCGACGAAGAUUGUAAUUCCGCCGAGUGGCGACGAUGGAAGCUUGGGGAUCGGAGAGGCAUUUUUUAGGAAGGAUGAGGAUGUGGGGAGGGAGAUGGAGUUUGAAGGAAGUGGAUAUUGCUUGGCAAGUAGGAGAGGGACUCGGCAUAUGAUGGAGGAUGGCUAUGGUGUCAUGACAAACAUUCAUGGAGAUUCCAAGCAGGCUUUCUUUGGAGUAUUUGAUGGUCAUGGUGGAAGGGCAGCCGUGGACUUCGUCUCUGAAAAGCUAGGAAACAAUAUAAUAACUGCCGUUGAAGAAGCAAAGGAAAGAGAUGAAGAAGGCAGGUUGGAAUCGGCAAUCAAAGCAGGCUAUUUGAUAACGGACAGCGAAUUCCUUAGUAAGGGUGUAAGCAGUGGAGCAUGCGCAGCUACUGUGCUGUUCAAGGAUGGAGAAUUGCAUGUAUCCAAUGUUGGUGACUGUAGAGUAGUCAUGAGUAGAAAAGGAAUAGCUGAUGCUCUAACCACUGAUCAUCGUCCUGGAAGAGAAGACGAGAGGAUUCGAAUCGAAAACUUGGGAGGCUAUGUGAAUUGCCAUAAUGGAGUGUGGAGAGUACAAGAUUCAUUAGCUAUUUCCCGAGCAAUUGGAGAUGUUAACUUGAAAGAAUGGAUUAUUUCUGAGCCUGAGACUAGAAGGCUCUCAUUGACCCAAGAUUGUGAAUUUCUCAUAAUGGCUUCUGAUGGCUUGUGGGAUAAGGUUAGCAAUCAAGAAGCAGUGGAUGUAGUUAUGAAGAAGAAGAACUCAAUGCAAUCUUGCAAAGAUCUUGUGGAGAUCUCAUGCAAUAGAGGAAAUAGGGAUGAUAUAACUGUUAUGGUUGUGGAUCUUCGAACUUUUUGUACAAUUGGAUAGUUAGAGAAGGCAAGAUUAGAUUAUUAUAAGCAGAAGCAAUAGACCCAAAAGUAAUGAAUUUAUUACUUUGGUCGUGUAAAUAAUGCUGAAAUUUACUUCAAUAGUUUAGUAUUUGUUUUGACAAGAUUGUAAUUUUUGAGGUGAUAGGAAAAUGGUAGAGGGAGAUAAGAGGAAUGAAAUUGGUUGUUUUUUAUGUUGUUGGGGAUGACAUAAGCAAAUGUCAUCAAUAUCUACAGAGGAUUUUCACAAUUUUUCAUAUUGUAAUGUUUCAAUUACUAUAUAAUUGUUGUUGAUGUGAUAACAAA